UCAUCUGACGUUUAAUUUGCUAACCACAUUCUUGCGGUUACAACGUACCUGAAACGGUUCGAAAACCAAAUGUUUGAGCGAAUCAUAGAUAUUGCGUUCUAUUUAUAUUGUAUACAACUUCGUCAAACCAUAAUCGCGUGAAUUUGAAAUUUUAUUUUUCCACUUGGUUUAUAGGUUUUAUCGUGUGCGAUAAGCGACUACGCUAAACACUCGUAACCAAUUAAUACUUUUUACAAAAAAUUCUUGCCGGUGUCGUUUAAAACGAGUAAAUAAAUUCUCGUAAAUAGUGCAUAAUAAAGUACCUACCUCUUAAAAAUGAGAGAAUUGUGACAAUGAAGGCGUUAUUUUUUUUGGUUGCCCUGGAUGUGUUCUGCGUGUUUAUGCCAUUACCGAUUUUUAGCACGUACAUCAAAUCACUCGGAGGAUCGCCGUUUACACAAGGCAUGGUCAAUUCAUGCGCAGCAUUUGUUAGUUUAUUAAAUAAUCCCAUAGUAGGUAGUUUGAGUGAUACCAAGGGAAGGCGCGCAAUUCUCGUAAGAUGUUUGCUAGUCGGAGGUUUGGCAAAUUUAAUAUUGGCCUCAGCACCUUCCAUUUUGAUUAUGUUCGUAGGAAAAAUAAUGGCAGCAUUUGCCAGUCCGGUAAAUAUUCUUUUAAGAGCCACCGUUACAGAUGUAAUGAAAUCUGAUCAAGAAACUAAACUAUUUUUCCAAAAAUUGUUACCACUCACAGGGUUGGUUAUGUUACUAUCCGCUGGUAUAAGUGGGUACAUCAGUGAACUUAAGUAUGGUUUUACAGUUAUUUUCCUAUGUGUUUCUAUUGCAUAUGCAAUAUCUGCCGGAACAGUAUUGGCUCAAUUGCCCAAUGAUCUUAUUAUUAAACCAAACAAUAAAAAAACCUCAGAUAUUCCAUAUCUGAGAAAAUCGAUAACGGAAUUACAAAAUGCAAUUAUGAAUUUAAAAAAUAUAGAUUGGGAAAACUAUGGCGAUAUUUUUGCUACUAAAGCAGCGAGUGAGGUGAGCCUGGCUUGGCUAACCACGAAUAUUGGAUUAUUUCUACUGAAUGAGUUUGGAAUACAAGGACGUCGCACUGGUUACUUUUUUAUGAUUAGUUCCGUUUUUAUAAUUCUGUCCGGAAUUUUGAAGAUGAAGUUGAAAGACCGCCUUGCUAAAAUGAACGAUCACUACAUUAUAAUGACUUGCAGCCUAAUAAUGACGGUAGCAUUCUUAGGUACAAGUUUGGCGCCAUCAGUUUACGUAAUAGGACUUUGCAUGAUUGCGAUAAGCAUGUCCAAAUCGUUUGUGGAUGUUACCUUUACAGAAGCUAUCACAACCAGGGCCAAUGAAAAAGACAGGGGAAAAAUAAUUAGCGCGUUCGAAACUUUGCCGCUGAUUGCACAAUUUAUAGCGCCAUUUUUUUCAGGGAUUUUUUCAUUAGCGUUUCGGCAAAGAUUGCUUUUAGGACUAACAACAAUUCCGGCCUCAGUGGGAGUAUUUAUUUCAUACAAGCAGAUAAAAACCAAAAAUGACUAAGUAACUUAAAACUUCUAGUUAGUGAAUUAAUUUUUGACUUAAGAGAUAUUGUGAAUGAUAUGAGUAGUUGGUAAUGGUAAACCGAUCAAUACUCCCAAAAGAUUGUUCUACAACUUCCUACAUACUCCACCUUUAAUAAAUUGUUAACCACCAUUAUAGCACAUUUGUGACAGUACUUAAUGCAAAUCAGUAUGUGUUUAAGAAAAUCCAAAACAAGAUAUUUUUCUGUUCAAACCUAAAUAAGGUGUUUUUAGCAAAUUCAGUUAUUAAAGUUCUUGUUUCUUAAUUUGCAACACCAAUAAGUCAAGGAUGUAUGAAAAAUUUGCUGAAUAUUAAAUUCUUCAUUCCCCAAAUGGUGCAUCUUUAAGUUUUGUUCCAAAUAUUGAGUCUGAAUUACAAAUCUCAAACUAUCAUCCAUAUAUAAAUACCAAUUAACACAUUUCCAAAUAUGAGACAGAUCGCUAACAAAAAAAAAGAGUAACAUCAUCAGAACCCUAUGCAUCUACCAAAGGUCACAUUUACUUCAAGAAAAAUAUUUCCAACCUACUGCUAAAGCAGAAAACUGUUCUAAAUUGUCAUUGGGACAAAAUCCCAUCAUCCCAUUCAUCACCAUCAUCUUUAGCAAAAUAAUCAUUAUCUUUCUAGGGCGCUGUGAGUCGACGGUUGAUUCUAUUCGGGACUUCGCCAGAUUGUGUAGUGAUUUUGCAACAAGUUUAAAGUUUUGAUAUGUGAUUUACUAGGUUUUUGAGAUUUUUGCGGUAAUUUCGUACAAUUGCGGGCAAUCUAAAUCAGUCUUGGUCACAGUACUGUGUGAAUUGUCACGUCAAGUCAAGA